AUGUCCAAUAUGUUUGGUAGAAGAAUAACAGCAGCCAUAUCUACAUUUAUGACAAAAAAUUCAAUGACAGCAGUGUCAAGAAUACGUUUUGUCUCACCUACUACGCAGUUAACGUCAGCUACAUUUUUUAGAAGUAGCAUCUCCAGAAUUUAUCUUUCUACGGGAGACGUUCGCGGGUUUUCAGUUACUUGUACUAGGUCAUUACCUAAUGUAUCAGUUGAUAAAGAAUUGACAGUUAAACUAGCAGAUGAAUUAAAAUAUGAAAAAGGGAAUGAACCUGAUUCAUCCGAACCUUCGUUCAUAAAAAGUUUUUUAUCAGAGAAUCCAUUUAAA